CCACACAGAUCAACUUUGUCACUAGAGCUGAAGAAUCUACGCUGUUUUCUUCAACCCAAACAUGGAGAGACAUCAUUCCAACACCAACAUGACCAGAAACUUUGGAUCCAACCUCAUGAAUGAUGAUGAGCUGAGGAUCGUGAUGGUGGGGAGGACUGGAGUAGGGAAGAGUGCUACUGGGAACACCAUUCUGGGAUGGUCCCGCUUUAAGUCCAAGUGCAGUCCGAAGUCUUUGACUGUGGAUUGUUCUAAAGAUAAAGCUGUGGUGGAUGGACAACCAGUUGCUGUCAUUGACACCCCGGGCCUGUUUGACACCAGGUUUGGUCAAGAGAAGACAACCAAAGAUUUGAGCCAGUGUGUCUCCUAUGCUGCUCCUGGACCCCAUAUCUUCCUGGUGGUCAUUGCUCUGGGCAGGUUCACUGAAGAGGAACAGCAGACGGUGCAGAGGAUUCAAGAUAUCUUUGGCCAGGCUGCUGACAAAUACAGCAUGGUCCUCUUCACUCAUGGAGACCUCCUUACAGACACCACGAUUGAAGAAUUCCUAUCUGAGAGCCCAGAGUUACAGGAGCUUGUAGCCAGAUGUAAUGGCCAGUACCAUGUCUUCAACAACGACCUGAAAGAUAAGAAACCUCAAGUCACUCUGCUGCUCCAGAAGAUCAGAAAUAUUGUGCAAAAGAACGGAGGAAGCCAUUACACCAACGAGAUGUUCCAGGAGGCCGAGAGGGCAAUUGAAGAGAAAAAACAAAGCAUAUUGAGAGAGAAGGAGGAGAAAAUCCAGAGAGAGAAAGAAGAACUGGAGAGAAAACUGCAAGAAAAGUAUGAUAAAGAGAUUGAGAAAAUCAACAAACAACUCCAGGCUGAGAGAGAGAGGGAAAAUAAGGAGAGAGAGGAGGAGAGGAAGAGGAUGAAGGAGGAGAUGUAUGAGGAGCAAAAGAGAGAGAGUGAAAGGAGAGAUGCAGAAAGAGAGAAGGAGAGAGAGGAGAUGAAGAGGAUGAUGGAGAGAUAUGAAGAGCAAAUGAGAGAGAAAGAAAGAAUAUAUGCAGAAAGAGAGGAUAGACAAAAAGAGUCGUUUGCUGAAAUUAGUAAAUUAAAACAACAGCUGGAACAGGAAAUCAGAGAGCAAAAGGAGAAACUGCAGUCCAAAUAUGAGGCCGAGGCCAGAAAAGAAGCUGAGGAGGGAAAUGCUUUCUAUCAGUGGUUGGUAAAAACUGGGAAGGCAAUUGUUGAUUUUUCUAAUGAAGCUUUAGGUAUCCUUAAAAGCCUGUUUAAAUAAAAUAGUUGAAAAUAGCAUCUGCUGGUGACACAUGGUUAACCAGUGGUUACUGCUUAAAACAGGAAGCAUGUUUAAAGUUGGCUACAUGAAUUUAACAGCUUAAAACACCUGCUCAGAAACAAUAUAAAAUGUAGAAGUUAAACUUCACCUACAAAUAUAUAAAGACACCUCCUUUUUUCCCUCUCGAGUUAUCCUUUAUACAGCUACAGUAAAUGCUUUGUGACCAUAAAGUCACUAGUAGUUUCAUAGUCUUUGAUUUUUUUUAAUUUGAUUUGAUUGGAUUUUAUUUUAUUUUUUGUACAUGUAAAAGCCAACAAUUAAAGAGAAAAUAAGAAAAUAAAACAACAAAAGACUUAAUAUCUUAAUUACAUGUGCAAAAAGGAGUAGGAAGAAGUGUAAACUCACUAAUCACUUAUUAACACGUAUUUAUAAUAACAAGCUAUACUAUUAUUAUGCUCACACACUUACCUAUACAUACAUACACAUAGUUGAGUAUUUCUAUAUAUUUGUACACACAUGCCCAUAUAAAUAUUUAUAUAAAUAUACUUAUUUACACCAUCUCUAUAUCUCUCACUAUAUCUCACUAUUUCUAUAUUAACUCCAUCUGCUCUAUACCUAUGUAUAUAUCUACUUACACACACACACACACACACACACACACACACACAAAC